AUGAAAGUUGUAAAAGAAAUCGUAAAACAGCUGGUUGAUAAUGUUGCGGAAACAGAAGAGUUGAAAGUUAUUGAUGUAAAAGAAAAUGGAGAUUGCCAUAUCAAGAUCGAAGUUUCAAAUUGUGAUUCUGUAGGUUGUGUUUUGCUUGAUUUAUUCUUGUUUUAGAUGGACAAUGGGAAGGAAUUGGAUCUUAAUAUGAAGUUGGACAUUCAUUCCGGAGACAUUGAUGCAUUAGUCGCUCAGGAAUUGUCUCAGUUGUCGUUGUCGCGAAAACAGCGGUCCAAAAACAAUAAAAUGAAACGGCAAAUCCGAGAAAAUUGGGAUGUUCAAGACCUACUACAGCAUUUUGACAUCCCUUCAACUUCUAAAGUGGAAAUAGACCAAGAAGUGAAACUUAACUCUGACGUUUUUCAAACCCUUCGUACAAUAACAAAGUAAGUUUUUAUUUUUUAACUUUAAUUAAAACUGAAUUUAGAAUUUCGGAAAGAAUCCCAGAGUCUAAUGACGACUUGGACGACUAUCGGUUAUCAGUUGCCAUCUUCACCAUCAGCCAAUUGACCGAUGUGAACAAAGAAUUGUGUUGGAAAGUGCAAGCUCUAGGGCAAAUGUUGAACAGAUCCUUGAGGGAAAUCAAGUUCUUCAAGUACGUUAGUUCACUAAAUUUUUUAAUUUCUUAUUUUUAGGUAACAUCAGUUGCUCUUUUAUAAAUUUAAGCUUUUUUUCUAGAUUAAUAUGCUUGAAGAUUCUUAAUUUGCAUAUUUUAGAGUGGCAUUGGCAAGAACGAGCGGAGAGCUCAAGGAUGAAGUUGAGCUUCUGCGCAAAACCACGAUGAAUACGUUGAAACGGAUAAUCGAAUCUGAUUUGGCCAGAAAGGAGAAGAUGCAAGUGCAAUGGGCAGAAGUCAAGACGUUUAUUCAUAAGAAGAACAAAAGGAUUAACGAACUGACGGUAAGGACUUUGCAAAUGAUGUUUAUUCUUAAGUUUAGGGCCAUCUUUUUACGUAUGUUCUGCGUACUACAUCUUUUCUGAUGGCUUGAUGUUUUCAGGAGCAACUGAACAGAGUGGAUGUUGACAUUGGGUUUCUGUUGGCUUCACACAAAGAGAGGAUUGAAGCCGCUUGUGUAGCUGAAAGAAACUACUUCCAAGCAGCUGAGAAGGUAGAAGAUCUCGAGGUUGAGCUGAAACAGAAAACUAAGCUUCGUAAGUUUUUUUGUAUAUUUUUGAACUUUAGAGACAUGAAGAAGCUUUAAUUUGUUUUGGUCAACAAAUAAAUCGAAUUAUGCUAAUUUUUGAAAUUUUCAGUGGAAUCUCGAGUAUGUUCCAAAUGUAACAGCCAAGGCGAAACAGAUGAACAACGAAAGGAUCGAGAAGCACGAGAAACCAAGAGGUUGGAACAACGAAAACAGUUCGAAAUGACAGAGAAACAGAAGUUUGCUGACGCCCAGAAGGUUGGAGCUGCUCUUCAGAAGCACGUUCAGGCAGCGUACGAAAACUUGGGCCCAAAAGGGAAUGCACCAUGGCACAAUGGGUCAGACAAAGCUAACAAGAGUGACAGUCAGCCUAUGUUCAAGGCUGGACAUGUGCCAUUGGAGAUGUUUGAGGUGUUGAAGUUGAGAUUGGAAGAGGUCUGUAGAUGGUUUUAUAUGACAAAAUGAUCGUAUUUGAAUUUAUUUUUACCCUUUGACCUUUCUGUCAGCCAUCUAAGAUAUUUUGGUUUUAAAAACUAAUAUAUUGCUGUUUUCUUCUAUAAAUCAUGGAUCAUUUAUAAGUUUUCAGAAAGAACAAGAAGUAGCUACACAUGAACGAAUGAACCAGAUUAUCACUAAAGAUUUAGAGAAGUGUCAGCAAGAACAAGAGGCCUCCAAGGUGGAGAUCAGCGAAUUAAAAGACAAAAACGAAGAGUACCAGAAAAAGAUAGAUGAAUUGUCUAAACAGUUGGAGGAAUCCAAGAAACAGAUUCCGAAUCCACAGACCAUUAGCAAUAACAGUAAGAAGUUUGUUACGUAUGGGGUUUCUUUACUUUUACAGGGUGUUCCAAGAAAAAUGUUAAAAACUAACGAGCUAUAAUUUUCUUCUUAACAAAGCUACAGGUGCCAAACUUGGCAUGAUGAAAGUUUGGAACCACAAGUUUUUUGCCACAAAAUUUUGGAUUUUUUAAGUAAAUACUAAGGACGUUAUGAUUUUUCAAAAAAUGUUCAUUUUCCCCGGAAUUACACAUAUUUUCAGUUGGAAAUGCUUUUUUUGGUGAAAUUUUCUAAGUUUUUGACACUUCUUGUGUUUCUAAACUUUCAUCAUGCCAAGUUUGGCAUCUGUAGCUUUGUUAGAAGAAAAUUAUAGCUAGUUAGUUUUUAACAUUUUUCUUGGAACACCCUGUAUAUCGGUCAAAAAGUUUAUUUACUCUGAAUUUAAUCAGCUAGUAAUGUUUCGUGUUUCAGAUGUUCCCAAGAUCACCGUGACUGCCACAGGAGAGAAUCAGGUAAAGAAUGUAGUCACGCCGAUUAAGAAGCAAAGAGGCCAGAAGCAAAAAGGGGUUCGGAAGCCCUCGAAGUCGCCAGAGCAUACCUUCUUCAGACAAUGUGAUAGGAAACGAGUGGCUCCACCACCAUUGGCGCCGCCUUGUAACCGACCUCCCCACCCGCCACCGUAUUACCGAGAGGUAAGUGUUUUUACUUACUAACUACUUCUUUGUUUACAGCGCUCUUAUUGAUAAUUGUAGUGUUUUACGUACAAAAUUUGUAUUUCUACAGAUUUUGGUUGUAACAAUUUAGAUUCAAUUGUAUUUUUUAGUACCAAGUCAUAUAAUAUACGUGGUUUAGUACUAUAAUUAUCACUUUAGGGUCCGGUUCCUCGUCUGGCUGACAAAGCGCAUGAUAUGAACAUGCACUUUAGUGUCGGAUUCAGAGCCCCAAUGUCUAUGACAUCAAUGCGAAACGAGGGAUGGAAUGGCAACGUGAGGCCGGCCUCGUUCGCCGUGCCGUCCCUGCUUCCACCAACGCGACACGAUGGCCUUUGGAACGGCCCCAGAAACCCAGCACCAAAUGGAUCGUCUUGGAUCACGUCCAGACGUUGA